CACGAAAACGUCAUGCGAUGGGACAGGUCUAUUUUUGGUGAACAGACGUCGUCCAUGGCUGCUGCAUUGUUUAAAUACGUGUGACUCCUCCACGGAAUAAACGGUCCAAGAUAGGUUGAUCAGCCCUCCGGAAACGCUUCUUCAAUACUCUAGUUUUAAUAAAUCGACGACCAUGUACUUCAGAAGUGCCCUCAUCGCCGGUCUGGCCGCCAGCGCCCUGGCCCAGGUGCAGCAGGGGUUUAACUACGGCGCCACGAACGAGGACGGCUCAUGCAGAGGCUACGAUGACUUCCGGGGCUACUUCGAGACCGCAAAGAGCCUAGCUGGCGCGGGGUCCUUCACGUCGGCCCGCCUCUACACGUCGAUUCAGUGCGGCACCGUGAACGACCCAAUCUCAGCUUACCAGGCCGCCAUCGACACCGAUACGUCAAUCCUGGUCGGCCUGUGGGCCAGUGCCGGACGUGGCGUUUACGAGAAUGAGCUGAACUCUCUUCUUCGUGCAGCAGAGCAAUACGGCGCGGCCUUCACCGACCGCAUCGUUGGCAUCUCUGUCGGCUCCGAGGACCUGUACCGAAGCAGCCCGGAUGGCGUCGCCGCCAACGCUGGGGUCGGAGCCACCGCUGCCGAAAUUGAGGGAUACAUCGGAUGGCUCCGCGAUUGGAUCCGCGGUACAGCCUUGGAAGGCAAGCCCAUCGGUCACGUCGACACUUGGACGGCCUGGGUUCGUGGCGAGAAUGCAGGAGUCGCUCGAUCUGUAUCAUGGCUGGGCCACAACAGCUUUCCGUUGCGUCGUCAAAAACAUCCCGUCGCGGCUGCCGGAGUCUGCUUUUCUAGUUGCUUCGUGAUAUAUAAAGAUGUCUCACAAGGGGGGGGGAUUUCCUUGUUUAGGAAAUUAGUCCUCUAGAUUAUGCUAGUAUCUAGCUGUAGAUUUAGCCUAUUACCCUUAGUUAAAGCUGUUUACAGAUAUAGUUUAUUACUACCUUAAGACUUCCCUUUAGUAAUUAUAACUAAUAAUUAUAUUAUAGCCUUACU